AUGAGUCCUCACUGGCAGCCCGCUUUCUUGGUGGGGUUUGAGAAAUCCCGUCCAUUUGACGGGCACACCUUCCGACAAGGAGACGUGUGCUGGGAGAAGAACCUCUACCGUCAUCCCCUACGACAGGGUCUCCUACCCGAGGACGACUAUCCUCGGGGUCAUGCUGCUAGAAAUCGGACUGUGGACACAUCCCUGGUACAGCAAAGCGGCAGCGAUGACGACGGCGUGUGCGUUCCUGGCGCUAUGCUCGACAUAAGCCCAUUCCAGGCAGAGCGCAACGAGCGCAAGAAGGCGACCCUAGUGAAGCGCACUCUCAUUGAUCUGGCGUCGAGUCGAUUGGCGAGCUGGAUGGGCCACAAGUUCACGGGCAUUGUCCCCGCCUGUUUGACUUGUCUGGAUAGAACAGACAAGGCAUUCGGCCAUCCAGACGAAUUUCUGGACGAAGACGGCAUCGUGGUGGGAGUUCGGUACUUUGAAAAGGUAGAGCCAACCACUAAGGGCUCUUACGAUCCAAUUCUAGCUUUGGCUAACACGACUUUAGGUUGUGUUGGGCCUGCAUGA